AUGGUUCUCCGAAAAGAUGAAUUAGAAGUACAGCUUAAAGAAGAGCAUGAGUUGAUCGCAAAUGGCGUACUUAGAGAGGACAACCCCUUGGAUCAGACGGCCGAGUUCGAGGCUUUCCUGCUGGCUUGCAGAAGAGGCGACCUGAAGACGUGUCAGGAGCUGAUCUCGGCUGGCGUGAAUAUCAAUGGCAAAGAUCGUUUUGAUUACACACCCUUGAUUGUUGCCAGUUUAUGUGGGCAUCUAGAACUCGUACAACUACUUCUUGAGUCCGGUGCACUGGCCGAAAGGAACACGUUUCAGGGCGAACGAUGCAUUUACAACGCCCUCAAUGAUAGGAUACGAAAUCUCCUGCUAGAGUAUGAUUAUUCCAAGUCUACAGACCCGCUCCAACCUUGGGCCGGACACAUUACCAGCCUACUUUCCAAGAACGUUCCAAGGACAACCGACAUCAGCCUCAUUGCAGCAGCGCAGUCCUUCAACAUGCACAAGUUCCUCCUAGCAGCACGGACUCCGUACUUCAGGAAGAAGCUCGAUGGCGCACCCGAUACCGCAACAUGGAAGCUCCCGACCACCUACCCGCUCGAGUCUUUCCAAGUCGCCCUACGCUAUCUGUACCUAGGAGAAGUACCCAAGGAUGUGGUCAAUGCUCGCAGUACCGUGACGGAAGAAGAGGUUCUCACUGGUGUUGAUAAGCUCAGCAAACAGCUCGAGAUCGAGCAACUAUGGGAGGCAAUCCUGGCGGGCAACGACCGGCGACUGUCGCGCCAGAGGUACGAGGACGAGGUGAAGCGCGCGCAGGCCCAGAUUGAUCGUUUCUACCGGGAGAAGGUCCUGGGCCACAAAAUGAUCGUGGAGACGAAGAGGGUCGGCGAAGUGAAAUGGCGUCACGACAACUCCAUCUUUGCCGAUUGCCUCCUUUGCGCACACGAGCCGGAAAGCGACGAGAUCGAGAAUGAUGCGGAGGAUCCUGACAAUGUUGUCCAUGCUGUCGGCAUUCCGCUCGGCCUUGCAUCCAACGGCGAUAAACCCAGGAAACGGCCUCGAAAGUCGGUGGUCUACCCCGUUCAUAAGGCGAUGCUCAUCCGCAGCCCGUACUUCGAGACCAUGUUCUCCAGCGAGUUCAGAGAGGCACAGGACUCGGAGAACCUACACGUCGUCACAGUGGACUGUAUGCCCGAGGUCCUCGAAAUUGUGCUUACGUUCUUGUACACUGAGAAGGUGGACUGCCCUCUGGAUUUCGCGUUGGAUUUGCUCUACACGGCCGACAUUCUCUUCCUCGACAAGCUCAAGACGAAAGCAGCGCAAGCCAUUAGUACCCUCGGAAGCGGCAGUAGCAACAUCUGGGCUGAUCGCACCCACAGACCCGAUGGAGAGGAUCACCGGGAAGAGGAUAUGGAGCCUAUUAACAUCUACGACGUCAUCCACGCGGCGUGGGACCUGCGUGUCCAGCGCCUGGAAGAGUUUGCUGCUCGGUACCUGGCCAACCGCUUAGAGGACUACAUUGAUGAGGCCGAGUUUGCGGACCUGAUCAAGGAAAGUGCAGAGAGACUCAAGAACCGUGAAGAGACAGACACCAUUGAGUUGUUGGAUGAUAUCCGAUAUUAUCUGGGCGAGCGCUUCCGUUUGCGUUUUGAGGACGCUAAUCUUGAGGAGAUGAUGGAUGAAGAGGGAGAGAUCAACCCCGAAUUGGCAGAGGCCAUCGCUGCACAGAGCGAACAGUUGAAUGAGGAGAUCUGUGAAAAUGGUGCUACCCCACAGGAAACCGCCCCUGUUACUUCCGCUAUUGAGCCUGUUGAGAAUGGCGAAGAUGGAGAGGGAGUCAAGACUCUUGGUGGAGAGGUGGCCGAAGACGAGUUCGCUUCAGAUGCGAUCAAUUACCAGAUCUUACUUGGAAAGAUCGAUACAAUGCUGGAUCAUCUGAAGCUAGAUGCAUAG